AUGGCCGCACCUAUGCAACAGAUGCCUGGCCAGCUCAUGCCACAGCAGCAGAACCGCUUUGGCGUGGGCGGCGGAGGGCAGGGGAUGGAUUUUGGCCACUAUGCUUUCCAAUUCAUACAGAGUACCCCGUAUGUCGGCCCUGGCUGGCAGACAAGCGUGGCAAUCACGGAGCGUGUCGGCAAGGCUCAAGACCUACUCGCUCACCUCUGCGUUCAAUUUGAGCAGAACACCUUUAGGGAAUCACCAGAUAAAACUACAUACGAUCAUAAAAUGCGGCAAAAGAGCGCAGAAAUGCACGCCAGGCGCCAGGGCCAAGUGCCUCAGCUCCAAGAGUCGAUGAACGCCCAGGCAGCGCAGCGACAGCAACAAAUGAUGAUGAUGAACCAACGACAACAGCAGGCUGCUCUGAUCCAGGCCCAGAUGGCCGGCAGGGGUGGUGGGCCUAACCAGGCGGGAUUUCAGCACCUGCAGAAUCCCAUGCAGGUAUCUCAACUGCCUCAACAGGCCCCUCAGAUGGGUCUCAGCUUGAGCAACGGCAUGAACCCGCAGAUGAACCAAGGACAGCCAGGUUUUCAAAUGCCUCAGGGCCCCCAGCGCGGCCCUGAACAACAGCAGUUGACCGAUGCGGACAAGCAGAAGAUACAGGCGCUGGCUCAGAACCUGAUGCAGCAGGCAAGUGAUGCCCAGAAACAACAGAUGAUGCAAAAUGUUGCAAGCCGGCUGCCUCCUCAGAGACUUGCACAAAUGCGAGCAGAAGGCCAGAAUCCUCUAGCAAUGUUGUUCCAACAAGAGGCGACUAAAAGGUUCAUGAUAGCCCGGCGGCAUCAGAUGCAGAAGCAAGGAAUGCCGCCCAACACGCCUGGCAUGCAAAUGCAGUCCGGCCAACAGCGCGCAAUGAACCCAAACAUGAUGAACAACAUGGGCCAGCAGGGUGGACAACUGGGACCGUACGGCAACAACAUGGAGAGCAUCAUGAACGAACAGAAGCAAGGUCUCCUGGCCGAGCAGGCAGGGCAGCUCGUCGUACCGGCGAGCUCGGGCCCGGGCCGCAACGCUACGCCUCAGCCUCUCUCGGGCAUCCAGCCCCAGAACAUGUUCUCUCAGGGCCAAAACCAAACCCCGCGGCCGCAGAUCCCGAACGGCUUUGACCUGCAGCAGCAGCAACAACAGCUGAAGCAACAGAUGGCUGCUUCCCAUGCUCAAGCACAGCUCAGGGCGCAGGCUGCGGCAAAGGGCUUGCAGGGUCAGCCAGGAGGGCUCAGCGGUCCGAUGCCGGCGUCGCAAAGCCCAGCGAUGGACAACUUGAAUGCUCCCGUCAGGCAGCCACCCGUCGCCAUGGGACAGAUGGGUAGUAACCAAGGCCAGCCGGGCAACCCUCAGUUCGGCCAGGGGCUUGAUCCUCGCUUCAACCAGGCGGGUGGCCCGGGGCAAAUGCCCGGGAACCCAAACAUGCCGCAAGACCCGGCCAUCAGGGCCAUGCUCGCUCAACUUGACCCAGAACAGCGGCAGAAGUUCCGCCAGCUGCCGGCGGACAAGCUCAACGAGUUGUUUUCUAAGUGGAAGCGCACAGGCAUGCUGCGUCCAGGGCAACCACAGCAAGGAAUGCCCAUGAACCCAGCAAACCAAGCGAACCCCGCGAACCCCAUGGGCAAUACCAUGCAUCAGCAGCCACAAGGAGGGAUGGGCCCUCAGAUGCAACAGGGCAACUUCCAGAACCCGAUGAAUCGAUUCCGGGGGGCCAACCCGUUACAGCACCCACAAGCGCAGAUGAUUAUGGACAAUAUGGACCUGCCUGGCCAGGUGAUGCAGAUCAUUCCUGGUAUACCGCCUGAUGCCAAGAAAUGGGGACAGUUCAAGGCAUGGGUUUCGCAGACGAACGCGCCCAUACCUGACCAGCAGAAGCAUGCGCUGAGGUCACUCCAGCUUAAUCAGUUCAAACGCAUGGUACAGUCCCACGGCCAGGGCGGAGCCCCACAGCAACCCGGAGCUCCCACUCCGAACGCCAUUGCAAAUCUGCCACCCAAUACCCCGAUACCUGAAGUCACGCCUCAAGAGAUACAGCAAUUCCGAAUGUCACAGCAGAAUUUCAGGGAAGCCCCAGAGGAGCAGAUCAAAAUGUUCAUUCAGCGACUCAAGAUACAGAGAAUGCGACAAGCCGCUGCGAUGGGAGUGGUCGGUCAACCACCGCCUGGGCAACCCGCAACAACAGCAGUCACGCAGCCAGGAGCCCUCCCGAUCUCUUCGGGACCCCAACAAGGUAUGCAGCCAGGACAGGGCAUCCCGGCGCCCGUCUCUGCCCCAGAGCCCACCCAGACUCCAGUUGCAGCGGGACCCCAAGCCAAUCGGCCGCCGCAGCCGAACAUGUCUGCGCCGCCGAAUCCCUCAGCGGCCUCGCAACCGAAGAAUCUCAAACGCCCUGGCGACGACCUCGAGGCCCCCACACAGCCGAAUGCCAAUGAUCAGAGGCCGGCUUCUCAGCCCGUCCAACUUCCUCCAGGUGGUCCAAUCCCGAUCCUAACGCCGGAGCAGUUGACGAAGAUGACUCCAGACCAACGGCAGAAGUACGAGCACAUGCGGAACCAACAGCAAGCACCAGAGAUGAUACGCUUCAGAACUAUCGCUCAGGAAGAGUCGAAGGCCUAUGAAGCUCAAAGAUUCCCCGAUGUUCCCAUGACUGCAGAGAAUCGGAACCAGAUGGCAGCUUUCAUCGGGAAGAUCUCACAGGAAUUCGCAAAGCUUACCAAAGCGAUAAAUCAUUGGUUCCGGGUCUCCAGAGAUGAGCCACGGCUAAGAGCUUUCGUCAGAACACGUCUGCGAGUGCUAAGCCAGUUCCAAAGUAACAACAACAACAACACGGAGCAGACCCUGAAAGAGAAUCUGACAAUGACGCGGCAAGAGUUAAUCCAAGCUAAGCAGCUGCUCGACAGCAUCAUGAAGGAUUUGGCGUCCAUUCAGAAAGGGACUCGGCCACCUCAUCCGGGAGGGCCUGCUACAAACCAGCAGCCCUCACUGCCUCCGCAACCACAACAGCCCCCACCGCCCCAGCGGCCUGAGCAGCCAGGAUCUAACCAAGCACCGACCCCUCUUAACGAGGCGAACCUGGCCAAGCAGACCCAAGCUCUGAACAAAGCUCACCAAUCUCACCAAAGGUCGAGUAGCAAGAGCGGACAACCACCAUCGGCUCCGACCUCGGCUCAGCCGCCAUUCCCACUCGGCGCCGCUUCGCCAGACGGCAAGCCUCUCUGGGUUGCCGCAACUCCUCUAACCCAGGAGAAGCUGCAGCUCCCGAAUGCGCGGAAGAAGAUUAAAACGGCCAAUGGUCAAGCUUCGUCGCCUGCGGUUUCAAGCCAAAAUGCAUCGCCACAGACGAAGGUCACGUCUCCGGACCUAAAGAAGAAGGAGCCCAAGGCAGCACCCAAGCCGGCGUUCAUGUGCACAGAGCCCGGAUGCGAGAUGGCCGAGACGGGGUUCCCGACGGAGGAGGCGCGCAAGCAGCAUCAUCAGGAAGUCCACGUGCUGCCGUACGAAGACCCGCAGCAGUUCAUGCAGCAGUCAUUUGCCGCAGCGUUUGGAUUGGACGAGCACGGUCUGUCGAAGCCACAGGCUCAAGCUGCGCCUGAAGAAGCGACCCCCAUGUCGCGCGAGGCUUCAGCCAAGCAACGAGGAGGUGCGCCUGGAGCCCCGGCAGUACAAGGCACCAGAGCCGGCGACAACAAAUCGGUCCCGGCGGCGUCGACUGGCCCGAAGUCUGCGGACAAGAACGUGCCUGAGCAGGCCGCCCCUGGUUUCCAACAGCCCCAGGUGGCCAUCGAUCCUCUUGCGAACACAACGAUCGACCCUCAGAGCUUGAUGGCGCCAAUGAUGCACUUGUUCGACCCAGCGGCUGGGGGUGUGAUCUCGGACAUGACUCUGUACCAGUCGACAACACCGCCCGAGGACACGCCUGAAUCGAGCGCGAGCAAGGACAGCGGGGUUUCUGAGCCCAACAGUGACAUACCGGAGACGGCGAACCUUGAAAUCGACAUGAACUGGCAGAAUUUUGACGACUCGACGCUUGUGAACGGGAUGGCGGCCUUCGGUAUGGACAUGGAGCUGAACAGUUUCGAAGGAAUGACAUCGUUCCCGAACGAUGACAUGUUGAUCACAGAGGACAUGCUUGUGGAUUUGGACAAGCCGUUCACGGGACUAGACUCGUCGCUCUACGAACUAAACACCUUCUGA